AUGUUCUCCUCUUUCAUUCGCGGGGUAUCCUCGCUGAAGUCGCAGGUGCCACUAUUAAAGAACCUUCACCUCAACUACAUCUUGAUACACUAUACUUAUAUCAUUGCGAUGAGCAUAAUCACCUCGAUUAUCAUUUACCCAGGAAACGACCUCGCCUACAUCGAUGCUCUCUUCUUCGCAGCGGGGGCCGCCACGCAGAGUGGACUGAAUACCGUCGACUUCAACCUGCUAAGGACAUACCAGCAGGUGAUCCUCUACUGGGUCUCCAUGCUGACAACUCCCAUUUUCAUCAAUACCGUUCUCGUCUUUGUCCGACUGUACUGGUUUGAGAAGCGGUUUCAGCACGUGGUGCGUGAUGCUCGAGCUUUGCGCCAGACCCGAUCCAGAAUGCGGACCAUUAGCGAAGACAAGGAUAACCAGACUCAUGACCGUGAGGAGGCCGGUGUUGGGGGUCGCGCCAUUGUGGUGUUGCGCAAUAACCAGGGAGACGCCCCGGGCCGGGAGCAACAAGACGCUAUCUACAAAACACCCUCCGACAGUGAGUCGGGGCCCAGUUCGUCAGCGGCCAGAGAUGAGAGUGGCAAUACCUCUGAGCAAGAAACCGACCCGAACAACAACUUGAAGCGAGGGUUUGGGAGUCUCCGGGUUCCAGCCCAGUUGAGCCCCGAACAGCACAUUGCCUUCUUGGAGAACCAAAGGAAGCCCAAGGGUGCGUUGAGAAUUCCCAGUCCAAGGGAAUAUGAUCGUGGUGGCGUUCCCGAGGCCCUGGAAGAAGGGGAAGGUGAAGGAGCAGAAGCCGCUCGCCAGACCAGCAAUCUAUCCGACGAGCCACCGAGCCCACGCCAUGUGGAGGAGGAUGACCAGGUAGGACCGAUGGAGGGUCCGCAUAUCACCAUCAAUGAGCCGGAUAUGAUCCGGACACGGACGAGGAAUUCCACCUUCCCCCGGCUAGAUACCCGUCCUACCGUGCGCGAGACGAGGGACUUCGGCGAUCCGUCGCCUCUUGCUCGCACCACCACCCGGAGACCCACGUUCACCGGUGUGUUUCGGUCCCUGACGCAGGAGAGAGACCGGAACACGCUUCCAUAUCUGAGCUGGAAUGCAACGGUCGGUCGUAAUUCCCAGUUCGUUGAUUUGACUGAGGAACAACGUGAUGAGCUAGGAGGCAUCGAAUAUCGGGCACUCAAAACAUUGGCGGUCGUGUUGAUCUCGUACUAUGUCUUCUUUCACCUGCUGGGGGUCGUCUGCCUAGUGCCAUGGAUCAUGACGACCCGUUGGGGUGCGGUUGUCACCAAUAUCGGGCAAGGUCGACCUUGGUGGGCGAUCUUCACGGCUGCGUCCUCUUUCAACGACGUGGGGUUCUCCAUCACCCCUGACUCGAUGAGCUCCUUCCAGGAAGCCGUUUUUCCCCUGCUUCUGUUGGCAUUCCUCAUCAUUAUCGGCAACACAGGCUUCCCCUGUAUGUUGCGAUUGAUCAUUUGGCUGUUGUCCAAGUUUGCGCGAAAAGAAUCUCCCUUGUGGGAGGAGUUGAGGUUUCUCUUAGAUCACCCUCGUCGCUGUUUCACCCUUCUCUUCCCCCGUAAUGCUACCUGGUGGCUGUUCGCGAUCCUAGUGGCGUUGAACGGGAUUGAUCUGAUCUUUUUCAUUAUUCUGGACUUGAAAGAUUCGGCGGUCACCUCAUUAUCUACCGGUAUCAAAAUCCUAGACGGCCUUUACCAGGCCGCGUGCACACGUACUGCAGGCUUUUCUGUUGUCAGCAUAUCCGAAUUACAUCCCGCUGUCCAGGUGUCCUACAUGAUCAUGAUGUAUAUUUCCGUUUUUCCGAUUGCCAUCUCUCUCCGGCGAACCAAUGUCUAUGAAGAGCAGAGUCUUGGAGUCUACCCUGCAGAGGAAGAUGACAACGAGGACAACCAGACCGCGCCGAGUUAUAUUGGAGCUCACUUGCGGCGGCAGCUAAGUUUCGACUUGUGGUACGUGUUCUUGGGCUUGUUCAUCAUCACUAUUGUAGAAGGAGGGCGCCUGCAGCGCCAGGACGAUUACUCGUUUCAAAUCUGGUCUGUGCUUUUCGAGGUCGUCUCCGCCUAUGGCACUGUCGGUUUAUCCAUGGGGUACCCAGGAGUCAAUGCAUCUUUCGCGAGUCAGUUCCAAACACUGUCCAAGUUAGUUAUCAUCGCCAUGCAAGUCCGUGGUCGGCAUCGUGGUCUCCCCUACUCACUGGACCGUGCCAUCCUGCUUCCAUCCGAGGCUUUGAACCACCAUGAAAUUGCGGAUGCAGAGCGUCGAAUGCGCCGCCGUGCCUCCAGUCUCAGCCAGAUAAGCUCUCUUGCUUUAUCGUGA